AUGCUCUCCCGUGACGAUUUCGUUAAAUUCCUGUUAUCUAGUAAGACGGUUGCCGCUACAACUCUUAAAAACCAAGCUGCCUUCUUGUUCAAGCCGUACCGUGAUAUUGAUGGUAGUGCUGACAAUCUGAUUUAUCUUAACUCAUAUUCGAAGGUCAUUCGCCAUAUCAAUGAGAACAGACGCAAAGAAGGGUAG